UUUUACAUGCCUGGUAUGCUUGCUUAAAAUGGGUAGGCGAAUUAUUACUCACAUAUUUGUUUGUCCCUCAUUUGUACAAGAUGUCUUCCAUGAUUAGAAUGCCUUUUCCAAUUGAAUUAAUUAUUUUAUCGACUCCUGUUUGAUUUUAUACGUCAUUCAUGUUCCCCCGCACAAGCAUUUUCCACCUGUCUAGAUCUUGUACUCCUGCAGAGACUUAUUUAAAAUGUGCUAUUUAUUUUGUAUUUGGCAGUAUAUGUGCUUUCAUAUGGGGAGGCAGUGAGGCAUGCACUUCUCCCUGUUAGAGUUAUAAUAUAAGUCAUAUACCCCUUUAUAUUUAUCUCAUUGUAUGAGGGGUUUCCUGCAUAUGUUCCACACCUGUACAUGUAUAUAUAUAUAUCGGCCUAUGGCCUCAUGGGAAUACAAGUUGCUUAUUCCUAACAUGGUAUUAGAGCUUUAGGGUUUUUUUUUUUCGCACGCGCAACUCGUGCUUUUCCGAUCCAAUUGUUGCGUCGGCCACCGCUGCUGUUCUCCGGCCGAUUGCUCACGUUGUGCUCCCCUCUCUGGCCGACGCUCACGCUCGUCUGCAGCAUCCUCCUCUUGCAGUCCGUGGCGCUGCUGCCUUCCGCAGCCGCGAUCCAGCCACGCGGUCUCGCUCGUGUUCACGUCCUCCCGCCAGCUACAGAUCUACGCCGCCGGCCGCCCGAUUCCUGACGCCGGCUACCGAUUCACCGGCUCCAUACGGAUCAUCUCUGGCCGUUGUUUUGCUUCAGGUGCAGCUCCCGAUCCGCCUCCCUGGCUGCGCAGGUCACGUAAUCGGCUGCCUGCGCUUGGAUCGAGUCCUUGUUUUGGGCUGAUUCUGCUGGUUGUUCCUUAGCGUAAAAAAAAAAAAAUGUCUGCUGCAUCGGGUUAUGUUGCUGUUCCUCGCUGUCCGGUGAUCUUUGAUGGUACUAACUACACCGAGUUCACUGGCUUCAUGCGCAUUCACAUGCGUGGCAUCCGUCUUUGGGGUGUUCUUUCUGGCGAGGUCUGUUGUCCGCCACGUCCAGUUCCUCCGGUGGCCCCUACCCCGCCAACUCCAUCGGUUCUUCCUACGGAUGCUAAUCAGGCUGCCAAGGAUGCGGCUAAGGUUGCUGAUGAGGUUGCUGAUCGUGCUUAUGAUGAGAGGGUUUUGGCUUAUGAGGAGGCUCUUCAGUUGUAUCAUGGUGCUCUGUCUGCUUACACCCAGUGGCUUGAUGAUGAUGCCCGUGCUGCAGCUGUUCUCACUGCUAGUGUUCUGCCUCAGUUUGCUUCUGAAUUUCUGGGUCUUUCUACUGUCUUUGAGAUGUGGACCCGUCUUCGUGAGCGCUAUCAGCCCUCUGGUGAUGCCUUAUACCUCUCUGUGAUCCGCCAGGAGCAUGCUCUUCAGCAGGGUGACUCUACUGUUGAUGACUUCUAUGCACAGAGUUCUGCUAUCUGGCGUCAGCUUGAUUCUCUCCGUAGUGCUGGGUGUCGUACCUGCCCCUGUUGCCAGGCUGUCCAGGCCAAUUUGGAGUUUCAUCGCGUCUAUGAGUUCUUGUCUCGGCUUCGUAAGGAGUUUGAGCCCCGGCGUGCUCAGUUGUUUGCUCGUGGCCGUAUUUCUCUCAUGGAGGCGCUUUCUGAGAUUCGUGCAGAGGAGACUCGCUUACGUGGUGCUGGUUUGCUGGAGGUUCCCUUUGUGCUUGCUACUCGUGCUCCUCCGCCACCUGCUCCAUCGACCACUUCUCGCUCGAGUGCUCCGCCGCUAUUGCCCACUCCUUCUGGAGGCUCCGGUCGCCCCCGUCCACACUGCGCCUAUUGCAACAAUGAUGGUCAUCUUGAGUCUCAGUGCUACACGAAGAAGAAACACCUGCGCAAGGCUCGAUCAUCAUCUUCAGGGGACUUCGUCGUCUACCUCGACAGCUUCAGCCAUUGCUUUGACUGAGCAGGAUAUUCUGAGACUUAAGCGUCUGCUCGCGGCUUCAGGUUCUUCCUCGACGGGUACUGCCGGUUCUGUGACUGAUGCUUCCCGCACUGAGCAAUCACCCUCUACACAGUCAGGACCGUCACACGCACACUCUGGUUGGGGCUGGCCCUCGCCGCCGUGAUUCUCAGGGUCUUUGGGAGUUGGACUGGCUUCAUGUUCCUUCUGCUGCUACCACCAUCGCCAGUUCUUCCGCUUCUGUUGCCUCUGUCACUGGUUCCUUCCAGCAGUGGCAUCAUCGACUUGGUCAUCUGUGUGGAUCUCGGUUGUCUUCUUUAGUUCGUCGAGGCCUUCUGGGGUCUGUCUCAGGAGAUGUCUCUUUAGAGUGUCAGGGUUGUCGUCUUGGUAAGUAGAUUCAGUUACCAUAUUCACAUAGUGAGUCCGUGUCUAAGCGUCCUUUCGAUUUAGUCCAUUCUGAUGUAUGGGGUCCGGCCCCUUUCGCUUCGAAAGGUGGUCAUAAAUACUAUAUUAUUUUCAUAGAUGAUUUCUCUCGUUACACAUGGCUUUAUUUCAUGACUUCUCGUUCUGAGGUGUUGUCUAUUUAUAAGCGUUUUGCUGCCAUGGUUCAUACUCAGUUCUCUUCACCCAUUCGUGUUUUUCGUGCUGACUCCGCUGGCGAGUAUAUCUCUAAGAUGUUGCGUGGUGUUCUUGCUGAACACGGGACUCUCUCUCAAUUCUCUUGUCCUGGUGCUCAUGCUCAGAAUGGUGUGGCUGAGCGAAAGCAUCGACAUCUUCUUGAGACGGCUCGUGCAUUGAUGAUUGCUGCCUCUCUCCCGCCUCA